AUGUCCACGACCCCCAAGAAACCUGCGAAUGGGGCUACGGGGCCGGGCAGCAAACCUGCGUCAGACCGGCCAGUCAUCGACACCAACCGAGCAGCUGCAAAAUCCCCCAACGGCCUUCAUCGGACCCCAUCCGGUCGCGCAUCCCCCGUCUCUGCUCGUGCCGCAGCCCGCAAGCCAGGCCGAUCGAACCUGAGCGUUUCCAGCGUGCCCAAGAUCGCCAACAACAAUACGGAUGCGUCAGACGACGAGGCGAGAGCCCAGAAUGCGGCUCUGAUCGAAGACCUGAGAGAACAACUACAGAAAGCCGAGACAGCGUCGGAGCAAUAUCAGAAACAACUCGGUGUUUUGCAGAUGCGACUAGACGAAGCCGUUGCGGAACAGGCGAAACUAGAAGACCAAGCCCACGAGAAAGACAGCAAACUCGAUGCGCUGGGAGCCGAGAUUCGUGAGCAUGCGCGCCAGCUGCGUGACAUGGAACAAGCCCACGACCAAGAUCGGACCGCAAUGUUGCAAGAUAAAGAGCAACAAGCAAGCAGAGAAGAGGAGUUGCAGGCUACCAUUCAGCGACUAAAGGAGACUAUUGCGCAAAAGGACAUCCGGGUUAAUGCCGACAGCGACAAGGAGAUUUCGAGAUCAUCAAGUUUCCGCAAUCGCCCGUCCCCGGAUGUAGACAGUGGACAAUUUGCCCCCUCGUCACAGCUUGAGCGUAGCCCUUCUCGGAACAACGCUAUGCUCUUGCUACAAAAAGACAAGUUGAUCGAGUCUCUUAGAUUGGAACUUGCAGAAUCGCAAAUCAAGCUGGUUGAAAUGGAAAACAAGGGCGGAGGCCGACAGCAAGAACUAGAACGGGAGCUCUUGGAGGCAAGGAUGGCCAACGCUCGGCUCAUGGAAGACAACGAAAGCUAUCAGCUCCUGCUCAGCGAAAAGACCCUGAAUGGCGACUUCACCAAGGGCGAUUUCUUGCAUGAUGCCGCCCCCGCCGCCUCCCAAGGCCUCAGCGGAUCGCUGGCAGAUGAGCUCGAGUCCGUGGGCGAGGGCAACCAGUCAGAUACACGUAAACUGGAAGGUGAAGUAAAGGCCCUGAAGGACCAGAACAAAGCCCUCACUCUUUAUAUCGAACGAAUUAUCGGGCGACUCUUGCAGCACGAAGGCUUUGAGAAAAUCCUAGACAAGAACGACAGCCCACUUUCUCUCACGAGCAGUUCUAAGAUAGACAAGGAACUUCCACCGCCGCCACCCGAGAAAGAUGCGCCUUCGCUUCUUCAGCGUGCCAAGUCGGUGGUCACUGGCCAAGGCAAUCGGCCCCUGCCAAAACCUAGGCCCAUGAGCCAUAUGCCACCGCCAACUUCAGUUCCAUCUGCUCACGAAAACCCCAACACCGCCCCUAGCAUUCCUCUGGGACGUUCCCAGUCUGUCCGUGGAGGACACCGCAGGUCUCGCUCCGAUCAAUUGGGAGACGGUACCGCCGCUGCAGUAGUUGGCCAAAUGUAUCGCGGCCUCUCGGGAACACGAAGCCCUUCUGGCGCGGGUCCGCUGAGCCCGACCACGAUGGGUCCAGGAUCUCGGCAUAGCGGAUUCUUCGGUCCUACUCAUAUCGCCAAUGAAAGCGGGCGUACUCCUUCUCAAGGCAGCCAACCGGAUCGCAAGAGGCUCAGCAGCUCUGAUAGCAUGUCCAGCGACGUCAACGCCGAGGUCAGCUCUUUGGGAGCUACCUCCACUCCUCCUAGCCGACCAAGCAGCGGCAUGAACAACUAUACUGGCGCUGUCAUGACGCAAAACAGACUACGGCCCCUGCGACUUGUUCGUGAGAACCAAGAAGAAGAAAACGAGCCUCCCCAAGACGACGAGGCUGCGAACAAGAGAGCCAACAGGGCCAGUUGGAUAUCCUGGUUUAAUCGCCCUGCUGGCACUGCCCCCACUGGAACCACCCCUGCUGGCACCAACCCGACCCAGGAGGAGCCUCCCAAGCCUUGA